UUCCGCAAAGAAACUCAACCCAAAAGUGUUGAAGAGCUCCAUGCAUUCAAAAAGGGUGAGGAGAAGAGCGCUGUCCCGUGCUGGAUGGAUGGUUAUGGGGAAAGGAGCAGGACCAUCGGCGCUACAAGUCUGCCAGUUCGUUGUACUGUUUCUCUGGCUGUUUCCAACAGCAACUCUGCAGUGUAAGAUCCUCAAGUGUAACUCCGAGUUCUGGGCCUCCACCUCCAGCUCUGGCCCAGAAGAGGAGUUAUGCACCGCUCUGAGAGCGUAUAACAACUGUGUCCGACGCACUGCCCGUACGUGCCGGGGUGACCUGGCCUACCAUUCAGCCCAACAUGGUAUCGAGGAUCUUAUGAGCCAACACAAUUGCUCUAAAGAAGGGCCCACUACCCAGCCUCAUGCCCGCACACCCCCGCCCCCGGUCCAGCCACCACCGGACAUCAACAUUCCCUCUGACAGGCCAGAGGUGUGCCAUUACGAGCGGAGUUUACCACGUAAUGCUGCGCCUCCCAAUUACACUCACUGUGGCUUUUUUGGGGACCCACAUCUCCGCACAUUCAACGAUGACUUUCAGACCUGUAAAGUUGAGGGAGCCUGGCCACUGAUUCACAAUAAGUACCUGUCCGUGCAGGUUACGAACACUCCUGUUGUACCUGGAUCUUCUGCUACAGCUACUAGCAAGCUAACAAUCAUCUUCAAGAACUUUCAAGAAUGUGUAGACCAGAAGAUGUACCAUGCAGAGACUGACGAGCUUCCAGCUGCAUUUGCUGAUGGUUCAAAAAACGGAGGUGACCGCCAUGGGGCCAACACCCUACGUAUAGUAGAGAAGGUGCCUGGACAACAUGUGGAGAUCCAGGCACGUUAUAUCGGCACCACUAUUGUAGUUCGGCAGGUUGGCCGCUACCUCACCUUUGCAGUGCGGAUGCCAGAGGAGGUUGUGAAUUCAGUGGAGGACCAGGACAACCAGGACCUUUACCUCUGCCUGCAUGGUUGCCCUGCCAACCAGCGAAUAGACUUCAGGACCUUCAGAGCACAUGCAGCAGAGAGCCAAGGCUUAGGCAGGGGAAGGUCAGGCACUCCUACACAUGGCUUUACAUACCAGUCAGCCAUGUCCAAGUGCAAAGAACGUCUACCAGUUGAGGAUUUGUAUUUCCAAUCCUGUGUUUUUGACCUGCUAUCUUCUGGUGACAUCAACUUCACCCUGUCGGCCUACUACGCCUUUGAGGAUGUUAAAAUGCUCCACUCCAACAAAGACAAGUAUCACCUCUUUGAAAGGGAUACAAUAUUCAAUUCUGCCUCAGAAAAAUGGGGUUUUAGUUUCCUAAUCCUCAUCAGCCUUGUUGUAGCACAGUUAUGGACUGACUUGUGUUUCAUUUGUCUGUAGUCCCCAAUGGAGAUCCUUGUUAGAUGGAUGUAAGAUGCUGUAUGCAUGUGAAAUGCUGCUCUCACAGUGUUGUGUUCCAUCUAUCAGAGGCUGGGCUUCUCAGCUAGAGCCUGAGCUUCUGCCGAGGGCUUUCACACUUGUGUGUCUUGUGUCACGCCAUGGACUCAUCUCUCGUCAUCAUCGCGUAUGUUCAUUCAUCAGGCCAGAGCUGAAGCGUUCCUGGAGAUCCACCCAUCUCUGUGGUUAAUCAUGCUGAUCGCAUAACUGCUUCAUGACAGAGAACGCAGUGCUGAGAGGUCCUGAGACUCGAGUCAGAUUAAACCACCAUUUUUCCCACCAGGGUGAUGUGCCACUGACAGGAGUGAGAGGGGGAUGAUCCUUUGCAGAAAGAAGAGCUUGGAGAUGUUCUUCAGUUCACUUGAUGCCAAGUGAGAGAUGAAGUAUGUCUCCCGGAGUCAGGCUGGAGGACAUGACAGGAGCUUUUAUUAACGUCUCCAAACGUUGGAGGGCCGGCAGGAGUUCUCUCUUUGAAGAAGCUCCAGCUUCGGAAAAAUGUUAGCUUUCUAGAGAAAACCCCCUGGCCAAGGCCAUGUCAGACUAGUAAGUCAUGUUGUCUACAGAGGCCAUAACAUCAGGCCUUUUGUAUAGUUUGUCUAUGUGUGUGUGCAUGAGAAAGAUGUGUUAUUUUGUGGGUGAUUAUAUGAAUAUAAUAUAUGUGUGAAUGAGUGAAGUGUUUCAUAAUAUCUGUAUAUUGCACCCAGGGCCCUAAUGUAGCUCUGGUGUGGUGGUUCAUAGGUCAGUAAGAAGGUUUACUGCCUGCCAAGAGCUCUUUCCUACAUUUUAUAUAAAAAAGGGUGUCAACCAUUGUGUCAAACAGACUUUAAACUACACCCAUACUGCUUAGGUGUUAUAAUUUUGGAAAAUAUUAAUUGAAUUUUCUCCAUUGUCAAAUUGGGUGUUCAAAGUCAGCCUGAACAACUGUUAGGCACAUAGAGAAUAACUUUGUUCACAAAGUAAAGGCCAUUGAAUAAAAAAAUAUAUAAUUCACGUCAUACAGUUGUAUAACCCAAGACAGAGUUGUCUUUGAAAAUAGCACACUUGCUUCAGAUAAACACAUUUGUGGAAAACAAAAUAAUCAGUAGGUAGCAUAACCAUCAACGUUUAUACCCAGGAGAGAGCCAAGUUCCUCCAUAAAAUGUUUGCAGUUUGAGAUGGGACCCACAAGGAAGGUCAAUCAACCAUCCUUACUGCUUCUUAAAGAGCAACGCCUUGCUCUCCAUUUCAAAAGGGUGUCGACGUGGCUGUGCUGUAGGCCCCGUUUAACUCACGACUCUGUAGAUCUGUGAAUUUAUGGCGGAGGCGUUUUGCCAAAGAACAAGCCAUGGUGCCAACAACUUCCCAAACAGCUGAAUUUUCUCUUUCUCAUGGGACCUUUUGUGGUUCACUUCAGUAUUUGGGCUCAAACCAGAUGUCCUGAUUGUGU